CCAGAAGUGCAUUGAGAACGCCGCUGAGGCAGCUGCCAGCAGCAGCGUUUUAGCUGUAGCCUCCCGCCACCAUGUCCAGCGGCCCUCAGAGUGUGCGUGUCGUUGUGCGCUGCAGGCCGCCCAGCAAGGAGGAGCUGACCAAAGCCACGCCACAGGUGGUGCGGUGCGACGAGGCGGGGCAGGUGGUGGCGCUGAUUCGAGGCACGUCGAGCGCCAGCACCCAGCAGAAGGCACAGACAUAUGAGUUUGACCAGGUCUUUGGCCCAGAUGCCACCCAGGAUGCCGUCUACUCAGCUGCAGCAGCGGACAUUGUGGGCCGUGUGUUGCAGGGAUGCAAUGGCACCGUCAUUGCAUACGGCCAGACCGGCUCCGGCAAGACGCAUACCAUGUGCGGGGCGCUGGGCGGGGGCGAGGCAUGGCCAUGUGCCGGCAUCAUCCCGCGAGCCUUGCAUCACAUCUUUGCCUACACGGAGGAGAGCCAGGCGGGCGCGUGCAUCAGCCUGAGCUGCAGCUAUCUGGAGCUCUACAAUGAAGUCCUGACAGACUUGCUGUCCGAUGGCGCGUCCAAGGUUGACAUUUUAGAGGACGGCAAAGCGAUGGUGCUCAAGGGCCUCACCAAGUGCACAGUGAGCAGCUGCGGCGAGGCGCUGGCGCUGCUGGAGCGCGGCACCGUCAAGCGCCGCACAGCGGAGACGCUGCUCAACAGCCAAUCCUCUCGCUCCCAUGCUGUGUUCAUCGUGGAUGUGUGUGUGCGGGAGGUUACCAGCAACAGCGAGCUGGUGGAGCGGCGGGGCAGGCUUCACCUGGUGGAUUUGGCUGGCUCGGAGAGUGCCAGCAGGUCUGGCGCGGUGGACCAGCGGGCCAAGGAGGCGGGCAGCAUCAACAGGUCGCUGCUGACGCUGGGGCGCGUGAUCACGGCGCUGGUGGAGGGGCAGGGCCACGUGCCCUACCGUGGGUCCAAGCUCACACGGCUGCUGCAGGACUCGCUGGGCGGCAACGCCAGCACCUGCAUCAUUGCCGCGGUGGCGCCCACAGCGCAGUGCCGGGAGGAGACGGCCUCCACCCUGGACUAUGCGCACCGGGCCCGCAGCAUCAAGAACAAGCCGCAGGUGGGCAGGGGCGGCAGGCGUGGAUGCGUGAGGCAGGACAGGUUGUUGGCCAGCGAGGCUAUAGGGGCUCGGAUACUUUGCCCCUGCGUCUGCCCCUUUUUUCUCGAUGUGCAUGCCCAUGCGUUUUCGUGCCUGAUUGGCAUGCAGGUCACCUCCACAAGCAUCAAGGCGCCGAACAGGGAGGAGUUUGAGCAGUUCAAGCAGCAGGUGGCGGAGCGGCAGAAGAAUGGUGAGGAGGGCAGCGGGGCGGCUGUGGCUGGCGUGUCUUGCCCCUGCUUGCCCUGGUGGGCAGCAGGUGUGCCCUGGGCCAGCCGUCUGCCUAUGGCAAGGUAG